AUGCAGAGUCCUUCCGACGGCCAAAGAACUGAACGCGCUCCACGGAAACUUUCUGCAUUGCAGCGUUCGGGGCAUUCAUGCACACAAAAGCCACCGUCCUCCACCCACCCCCCCCCCCCCACCCGCCCCGCGCCAGCCUCCGGCUGGAAAGGCAACCCCUUCAAGAAAACGCAGCCCGAGCUCGGCUGCGCUCUCGGCCAAUCCCACCUCCAGGCCUUAUCUCAGCUGUCAGAGCUGACCCCCGUGGGAACAAAGACGGGUGCCCAUGGGGUGCGCUGUCACCGAAACCGGCGGGGCUGCCUUCUCAAGUUUGCCAGGGCUCAGUUCGCUGGGGCGCUACCGAUAGCCCCCUCUCCGAGCAACCUGAGCGUCCCCCGGGAAAGCCGCUUUGGCGCCGCCACCGUGCCCCCCGGCCCCUCUGCCCCUUUCACCAACACCCCCACCGCGUCCCCUCCUGCCCCCCGCAGGGCUGAGACAGACGGGCGCUUACCUUGGCCACUGGCCGGUUCCAGACAGGAGGCAAAAGCCAGCAGCAGCGUGCACGCCGCCGCCGCUGCCCGGCUCCCCAUCCCCGCCACGGUCCCGCGCACCGGCCUCGCCUUUCCUGCCCCGGGAGGUGGGCGCGCGUCGCACUCGGCACCAGCCGCGCCUCAGCUGGCGAGCGCUCCUUUAGGCCAACAAUUCAGCUGCGUCCAGGUAACUGCAAGCGGGUCCCCGCGCCCGGGGCAUCCCGUUUUCUAG